AUGGCAGACAAAGGUAUAUUUGGGUUAACUAAAGGUUUAGCAUCAACUUUAAUUGGUUAUUCAUUACAAGGUUUUGAAAAAUUUGCUUUUUAUGGAAUCUUUAAAACUUUUUAUGGUGAAAUAUUUGGCAAAGAAAAUGCUCAUGUCCAUCGAACAAUAAUUUAUCUAUUAGCACGUGCUUCACCAGAACUAUUUGCUGAUAUUGCCUUAGCGCCAUGGCAAGCAAUAAAAGUACGAGUUCAAACACAAGAUAAUUCGGCAUCAACUUUAAGACAAAGUUUACCGAAAUUUUACGUGAACUUUGCAUGUUUGGAAUGUACGACUGAAGUACUGAAUAAAUAUAUAAUACGUAAACCACGUGAACAACAUACAAAGGCUAAAGAUCUUAGUAUAACAUUUAUUGCUGGUUAUAUAGCUGGUAUAUUUUGUGCUAUUGUUAGUUAUCCAGCUGAUACAAUCGCAUCAGAAUUGCAUAAUGAAAAGGUCUUAGUGUAUCGAUGCUAUACAACGUGUUGGAUUUUCUGGUAA